UUCGCGGUCACUGGGCGUAAGCCCUGGAAAGCUGUCAGGUUGACUUUAGAUUGUUUCCGUCAUACUUCUUUUUAUGAGACACUGGCUGGUAAUGAGAUCAUAAAGUUAGCGACGUGCUGGCAGGUGACAACGCUGUAAGGAUGACAUCUAAAAAGCUGUCAACAAGGAUAUCUAAUAGAUAUGUCCUGCUGCUACUUACUUUAGUGACAUACAUCUGUGUGAUGGUAUUCUAUUACCAUGGGGACAUGUCAACAGUAGGGAGGGCGGUCCGCGAGCAGGAGCUGAGGAAGACGGUGCUGAGAGACGCCUGCAGAGAAAACAUGGAGCCCUUUCCCCAAGAUAAGGAAAGCUCAGACAACCGUAUCAAAACAGUGCUAAAUCAACUCCUUGUCGAUGAUGAACAUGGCGUCAUUUACUGCUUUAUAAAUAAGGUGGCAUGCACUAAUUGGAAGAGGUUCAUGAAAGCACUAAAAGAAGGCGAGCCCUACCCUGAUCUCAUGAGCAUAUCUCGCACACAGGCCCACAAUAGGAAAAAUGUGCGUACCCUUGCCAGCUUCUCAAAAGUCGAAAUGAAGCACCUGCUGGACCCAGAGACGAACAGGCGUUCGUUUGACGUUCACUGGAGGCAGUUUUACCACUUGUGUCAACCCUGCUACAUCGAGUACGACUUUAUCGGGCAUCAGGAGACGCUUGAUGAAGACGCCCUGGAACUGCUAACGUCCUUGAACAUGGAGAAGCUCAUCAAGUUUCCCCCGGCCUACGAAAAUGUGACGUCUCCUGCAUCAUUGUCGGAGUGGUUUAAAGAAGUGCCCCUGAAGGACAGGAGAAAGCUUUACGAGCUCUAUAAGAUGGACUAUGAGCUGUUUGGCUACCAACUACCUUACACUUUACUCAACAUCACACAAUAGAGGUGGAGCCUUUUUUGGGGGCUACUUGGUAAAGUCUUGAGGACGUUCAACAUGGAGCACAGUCCUCCACCAAUGUAUUAAUCCUAAUUUGGUUCGCACCGUCAUAGAUAACUUCCGAUUACAUUAAAACUAGUGCUGCCAAACAAAUACACUAUUUAAAUCAGUUUAUUUAAACUUUUGGAUUUUGACACACAUGAAAUUUAACUGUCAGAAUUUCAUACAGGAAAAUAUUUUAAAUGUUUUACUUGAAUGUGCAUCAUUUAUUCGGACAAAACGUGGUAACAGUUUUAUCUAAAGUACAGUCAGGAUGUAUGUUGAAGUGAAAUUUGCCAGCGAGCACACAAGUUGCAAUCUCCUCACUCAUAUUGCCGUAGUGCUGACCAUAAAGCAGUUCUUCUCAUUUUUCAGUUUUUCGGUGCAAUGCCAGGGGACUGAAUGUUGCUAACGUUUAUUUACAAGUAGGGAUUUACGGUGUACGGUAUAAUGAUAAACCGCAGUCAAAUUCCUGACGGUUAGUAAUACAUUUUUAAUUUGAGUUGCUGGGCCCAUCCGGGCGGGGCGUCCCACCUUUCUACCCGCCCAAUGGUUAGUAAUAUCGUUUGAAUUUUUAAUCACUGAAAAACCGUCAUUUAUUAAUGCAUUUUAAGCAACACUGCUUACUGCUCCCCUCACCUCCCAGGGGGUGAUCAAGGGUGAUGGGUCAAAUGCAGAGAAUCAUUUCGCCACACCUCGUGUGUGUGUGUGUGUGUGUGUGUGUGUGUGUGUGUGUGUGUGUGUGUGUGUGUGUGUGUGUGUGUCUGUGUGUGUAUGUGUGUGUGUGUGUGUGUGUGUGUGUGUGUGAGUGUGUGACAAUAGUUGGCAUUUUAACUUUAACUGUUAACUUAUUGGAAAAAGAGUCACAGCAACGCUGGCACAUCCGCACUCGCGUCAUUUGGCUUGGAAAAUACAUGGUGGAAUACAACACGGACUUUGCUACUGAGAUUUACUCUUUGAGUAAACAGAGCCGAGCUCUUGGUUCAACUUCAUUUUCCCUCCCUUAAAUUCCGUGGGGUCUCGGCGUGCGUUUAAGAUAGCGACAGGCGCGAACAAUAUUGGAGACAGACACAUUUGUCUUAUACUAAAAUGAUACAGCAAAGAAGAAUACCAUUUGAUCUUGCUUUUUUCUUCUCAUCGCAGCAUCCAUCAGCUGUGACUGAGAGUUAAUGAGGUGAGGAAACAUGCAGCCGAUGAUGACUUUUUGUUUAUAAAGUCUGUAGUUUGUUUACUGGGAAGGAUAGACACUCAUCCUUCGUUUAACUGCAAACUUUAUCAGUUUCCAAAUAACAUAAAUACUAGCUAUAAUGUUUUGUCAUCUCAUUAAAUUGAAGUUAGGCUGUGACGAUUGUGUAUUAGACGUGGGAGGUAUCACUCCCAUUUAUUUUUGUUGGCCAAAAGGUUAUGAACAUAGACAUGCAGGCAGCGGGAAGUUUUUUGAUGAGCACGCUGUGUAGUAAACUUUAAGAACUCAGCCAUCACGCCUCGUCUGCAUCUUUUAGGAUUAGACGUAUAUUUGGAAGGCCAUUUUCAAGAAGGAUAUUUCAAAAGAAACUACAUCUUGUGAGACGAUGUCGGCCAACCCCGGAAGCUAGCUCAGCUGUUCCAGCGAUGAAAUGAGAGUUCAGAUAUUUUAAUAGUUUAAUGGGUUUUUUUUGCAAAUUUAAUUUUGACAGUACCACAUAAGAUAUGUUUUAAUUGCUGAUGCAGGUUUAUUGGUUAUUAAAUGCUCCAGAAAAUAACCCAUUUUGUACAAUUUGCAGUAGUGCGUAAAUGUGUUUCUGUAGUCAUGUGGUGACGUACAAACCCCGUUUCCAUAUGAGUUGGGAAAUUGUGUUAGAUGUAAAUAUAAACGGAAUACAAUGAUUUGCAAAUCCUUUCCAACCUAUAUUCAGUUGAAUGCACUACAAAAACAAACUUUUUUUUUUUUUGUGAAAAUAAUAAUUAACUUAGAAUGUCAUGGCUGCAACACGUGCCAAAGUAGUUGGGAAAGAGCAUGUUCACCACUGUGUUACAUCACCUUUUCUUUUAACAACACUUAAUAAAUGUUUGGGA